CUUCGAAAGAGUGAACAUCUAGAACCAAAGCUCCGGUAGCUUCUAUUAUCCAAGCAAUUUUAACCUCAAGUAACCUUUCUACUGCAGUGCGGAACUGUGCAACAGCCACGUGCCUUGGUAAACCCAUUUUUCCUAUUUUAAUUCGUUUAGUGAAAUCCCAUUCGAGUAAAAAUGGUGGUUGGCGCAGAAGAAUCGAAAGCGCAGGUCGAAGAGCAGCAAUUGGACGAUAGCAGCUUCGAUGAGUGUGACACACCGGCAGGAAUACUUUCCUCCAAAUUUGAUAAAACCGAUCUUGCGAUCAAUACCGAUCCGCUGCCGUACGGAAAGUACACGUUGAUCGGCAUCGAUAUAGAUACGACGGGUCGUAGACUAAUCGAUGAGAUCGUACAGAUCUCGGCCUUCACCCCGGAUCAUCAGUAUGCGCAAUACAUCAUUCCCUUGAUGAACCUUAACCCGGCUGCCCGUCAACGGCACCAGGUGCGGGUGAUCACGGUUGGUUUUUUCCGGAUGGUGAAGAGUAUGCAAAAUUACCGUGUGAUGAAGACAAAGCCGGAAGCUGCGACGCUGAACGAUUUCCUAGAUUGGCUGGAGGCUCGCCUAAAGGAAGAUGUGGGUUCCGAGGGCAUUGUGCUGGUGUACAACGAACAGCGCAAAUUCGUGCCCUACAUGGUCAUUGAGGCGCUCAAGAAGUAUAAGCUCCUGGAUCGAUUCACCGAGUCGGUCAAAUCGUUUGCCAAUGGCUUCCGGCUCGCCGAGGAACGCUGUAAUAAGACAAUCAAGUUUUUGUCCAUUCAUCAACUGGCUAAAAUUGUUCUCGGUGAGAAUGAUAGUGCCCUGGAAGGAUUCGAGGGCAAUGCUGCCUAUCGCGCAAAAAUGGCGUUCGAAAUUACGCGUCGUUUGGCAACGAAUAAAUCGAAGCAUGCCUCUUCACCAACGGAAGCUGAUGAAAGCUGCGUUAACUCCAGUGACGAUGCCACUAGUUCGACUGCUGAUGAGGAUGUAUCCAAUUCUGAGACGGAGAAGGUAGAAAAAUCUUCCGAAAAAUCAGCAACUGAAGCGGAUCAGAAUGAUACCGAGGCAGAACCAGAGGCUACUCAGGACGUUGCGCAAUCCGUCGGUCCCAAGCAACUAUCCGAGGAGGAACGAGUGAAGAUGUGCGAAGUGUUGUGCGAAUUGGCCUCUCCUAUUUCCACCGAAAUCUCCGAACUUGAUGAGCAAGAGAAGAUCCUUGUGCGUCAGAAUUCGUUGCGUCCAGUAUUUUUGCUCUACUUUAAGACGACAAUCUACCAUAGGGUUAAGGCUGUAACGUAUAGACGAGUACUAGCAGAAAUCGGACAUGAUUAUGAAUCACUUCGCAAGGUUUGGCAAGAAAGCAAACGCGAAGGAAUGGAAGCCAUCGUGAAUAAGAUCAUCGAGUUGAAAGAAGAAGAAAGGACUGAAUUGACCGAACUACUUGAUUGCCAUUACGAUCCAGACAAGCAGGCCUUCAAGCCUAUCGUGAAACGUAAUAAGCAUAAUUCAAACAGAGUUCGACCAUUCUUCUCUAACAACAAUGGAAAUAUUCCGCAAAACCAGAAGGUUAAUAACAACUACGUCACUAAGGAAAACCGCAAGCCUUCUCAACACUACGAUAACCACAAUAAUUUCUACAAAAACGCGAACCAUGGUGGAAAACAGCAAAACCAGCAGCAAUUCUACAACAACCAGACCUCUCAUCCGGGGGAAUCGGGGAUGCGUCAUGGGGGAUCUCCUGGAAAACGUUUCCGAUCUCGUCACAUGCGUCGCCGUCGUGGAGGAAACAACCAGAAUAACGGCACCGAACAACAACAUAUGAACAAGAAUCACUCCAAUAACGCUCAACCGAUUGUUCCAGUACAGAACUUAGAACAGUAACAAGUCUUAUUCUUGUACUGAAUUUUAAUACAUUCUGCUAGACUUUACCAUUGCAUCGCUAGCCCCUUUAUGCAAUUUGCAAAAAAACAUAGAUUUUAUAGUCGGGUUUAGGCAUCUGAAUGUUGUACGGAGAUGACGGGAUUUCCAAUUCAUCGUAUCGUUUGAUAAAGGUGAUGGAAAUGUAUGCGCGCAUUUCUUUCCUUAUCCCUUGAAACGAUACCCAUAACUGGAAAUCGAUCACUCUAAAACAAAUACUUAUGAUGCCGAGACAAGCUGUAGGUUAUAGACAUUUUAUAUUCACCGUUAAUCUAUCAUCCACUCUUGAGCUAUGAGGAGUUGCUUUUGAUCAUCAAUAACCUAGCUGCAGGCAGAUUGGGAUCUUUUACAUAGGAAACCGGUAUCGGAAACAUGGAAUAAUGUAAACAGCAUGAUUGUAAUAGAUGGAAGGUAUAGACAUUUGUAAUGAGACCUUCGGAAUUU